AUGGAAAAUUGCAAUCCCGUAUCGACCCCGAUGGAUGUCAACGUUAAACUUUCCAAGGAAAUGUCUCCGAAAACAUUUGCUGAAGUCAAGGAAAUGUCGGAAAUACCAUACCAGCAAGCGAUUGGUAGUUUACUGUUUGCUUCGCAAUGCACAAGACCGGAUAUAUGCUUGGCAGUCAACAAGCUAAGCAAAUUCAACAAGUGUCCCGGAAAAGAACAUUGGUCAGCAGUCAAACGAAUAUUCCGAUAUUUAAAAGGGACGAAAGGCGCAAAAAUCAAAUUUUCUAAAGGAGAAAAUGAGAAACUGGCCGCAUAUUCAGAUUCAGACUGGGCAAAUGAUAUUGAUGAAAGAAGAUCAGUGACUGGGUACAUUUGUAUAUUACAAGGUGGACCAAUAUCCUGGGUUUCAAAACAUCAACCAACUAUUGCUCUUUCUACAAUGGAAGCUGAAUAUAUGGCGCUAUCUGCUACGGUACAGGAAGUUAUAUGGCUGAGAAAUUUAAAUGCAGAACUCAACCCACAAUCUCAAGAUGAACCGACGGAGAUAUAUUGCGAUAAUCAAAGCGCUAUAAAUUUGGCAUCAACUAAUAAGUAUUUAGCGAGAUCAAAACAUAUCGACGUUCGACAUCAUUUUGUACGCGAAAAAAAAGAUCAAAAUAUAGUUAACUUCGUGGGAAUCCAAACUCAAUUCAUGGUAGCAGAUAAUUUAACAAAGCCAGUACCAACUGACAAGCACAAAUUUUGUUCAAAACAAAUGGGCUUGCAAGUAAUAUAAAUUUUGUUCGAGUGGGGGUGUUAGAAAAGUACUCAUUUGAAAAUGUACUUGUGCGAACAAAACAAGUAGGCUUUGAUUUUGUAAAUUAUUUUUUUUUUGUUUGUUCUUGUCUUUGAAACUUAUGUCAAUAAAAUAUUUUCUUCAUUGUUAUAUCAAAUCGUUCAACUGAAAA